AUGGAAGAAGUAAAUGCCUUUGCACAGGCAGACCGACCGCGUAAAAGGCGCCGUCGCACCAUGGCGUGCACCCAGUGUCGUAGUCGCAAAUUGCGAUGCGACAGGGAGUAUCCCACCUGUGGUCGCUGUCUGAAGAGCAAAGUGUCUACUCAGUGCACGUACGAGGAUGGAUUCUUAUGGCAGCAGCCCACAACUGUAUCGACAACGGCAUUUGCAUCGGAUAGAGUAUCCACUCUAGGAAUGCCCCGGACUGAUCAGAAUCUCCAUACACCCCCGGACUCGGGUUUAGGGGCGCCGUCGAUUCGGUCGGAAGCACUCGUUUCGACAACCCUGCCCGACACGGCUCCAAAUCCACCAGAUGGCCCACGCCAUCGCAGACAUGGCCUUGGGAAAGAGCGCCGUGAUUGUUUUUUGGAAACUGUUCUCGGUGCACCCAAGGCUGCCAUUAAUCAGGAGCCUUAUGUUAAUGCGGGCCUCUUGCAACGCCCAAAACGUGCGCCUGAAUCACAGGGCACCUUCUCGUCGCAGGUCGACGACGUUAACACGGGCACCGAUAACCCCCUGGCCCCGUCUGAUCGCUUGGAUCUUUCCCCGCGGAUUAUGAUGCGAGGGCGUGAGACAAAAACGCGCUUCAGCGGCUCGGGGAUCUAUGCCAAUUUGAUGGCACAGUUCCCUGACAUAAGAUCUUUUGCCGAGGAAAUUCGGCUGUCAAACCCGAUUCUGUCGCGUGUUCGCCCAGAUCUGGAGCGAGUCAAACGAGGCUUAUGGAAGAGACAACCGCUCAAUGAGCCCUUUCCAGAUCCUACUGCAGAAUCGCUGAUUGCCUUACUCCCAACAAGGGCUGUUGCCGACGAACUCAUUGGUCUGUAUCUGACCUACGUCGAAUCCACACAACGGAUCGUUCAUGUCCCGACAUUUCUUCGAGAAGUCGAGGAAUUUUGGUCAGGCUACGACAACGCGUCCAUCCAAUCAGCCGCAUUUGUGGCCCAGUUCCUGUUGAUUCUUGCAUGUGCGUGGAAUUUUGCCGACUUGCUCACCCUUCAAGAAAAGUCCUCGAAGCCUCUUCUGUGCUAUACUGCUGUGGAGUGGGUCUUGCAUGCGGAGAAAUGGAUCAACAAUGCCCGUGUCAAGCGGGCUGAGAUCAAUACUCUACGUCUGUACAUUUUACUUAUCACCGCCCAGAACUUUUUUGGUAUGAAGCGAAGUCAGGCGUGGCUGGCUACCAGCCAGAUGGUCAAGUCGGCCAUGAUGUCCGGUUACCACCGAGAUCCGAGCAACUAUGCCCGGAUAUCCAUGUUCAACAAGGAGAUGCGCCGGCGUAUCUGGAUGACGAUUGUGGAGCUGGACCUCCAGGUUGCCAUUGACCGCGGCAUGCCGCCAUCUGUCCAGGCUUCCGACUACGACACCCUUCCUCCAUUGAACAUCAAUGACGAUGAGAUUCAUGAAAGCACCACCGAACUGCCAGAGGAACACUCCACGGGUGAUGCUACUGAUUGUUCCUAUCAAACUGCCUUUGGCCAGUCCCUUCCCAUUCGCCUGAAAGUGUGCUCACUCAUGAAUUCUCCGCGACUCAGCUGUCGAUACGAAGAAAUUCAACGCCUGGAUUGGGAGCUGACCCGUUAUCUUUCCCAUAUUCCGACGUGGCAUUUGGCCGAAGCCCGCGACGCUCUUGCACAGCAAAAGGUGGCUUUGUGGAAAGCCUCGUUGGAGAUCAAAUUGGCGCACAGUCUGCUCUCGGUUCACACGCCGUUCGCCAUUGAGGCCCGUCACGAGGCACUAUUUGCGCCAUCUGCGCGGUCGCGCUUGGAUGCCGCUGUUAUGAUCCUUUCCACACAACGUCGACUUCACGAGACGUCGCCCCUGUUGUCACAGUGUGUUCUUGGGGAGUGUACGCUCCAGGCGUUUAUCUCCAUCUGCCAAGCCUUACACUCAGAGUCUCAAAUUGCUAGUGCCUCCUAUCCCUCCGCCACCUUCCAACUCGCCAGCCUACCAGGCUUCUCCGACACUCUGAUCUCGCUCGUCGAGUCCGCUCUCAUGGCCCUGGAAGUUCGAUUCCUGUUGGUCGUCAAGGGAGCCAAGGACUAUUUCUUCCUAUCAACGAUCUGUGCGUUAGUGAAGGCGAAGCUGUGGCCGGCCCAAUCGAUAAUGUACAAACAGCAAGUGGUGGAGCGAGUUCUAUCUUUUGCACAGACGCUAUUCUUCCGACACGGGACCUGCGAGCACCUUGGUAUGUCUGGUAUGGGCAGCUUUAAAGAAAACCAGGUAGUCGCCUUCCUUGCAACCCCCAGCAUGCCCGUCAUGCCCGAUUUCCAUAGCAUCCUCCCACAGUCUAACCUCGGGGUCACGCCGCCUGGGGAUUUCGAUCCCUUUUUGGAUGUGUUCGAUUGGGAUGAUCUGACCGGGAUGGGGAUUUAG